CCCAUCCCUCCCGGAAUUGUGAAAAAUUAUCGAUGAAAAGAUGAUUCUUUUAAAGAUUAUGAUACUGAUAGUAAUGUGGAAUUCAGUGUCUGCAAUAAUUGGGUACGACUGUGGUAGUAAUGCGCUCAAUGUUACGACCAUAUCCUUACUCGAUAUCGAUGAUUGCGAUAUCGAGGAUGAAGAGGUAACGACCUCUAAAACACAUAUUUAUAUGAUACAAUUGGACAAAUAUACUCAUACAAGAGUACUUCAAUGUAAAAUUGAAGUAAGUCGUACUGUCUACCAUUGUGGCAUGCACUCCCAUGUCUCAAUUGUUGACAAUGCACAUGCUGAAUAUAUUCAGUAUAUCUCAGAAGAUGCGUGCAAGGUUGCCCAUGACCAUGGCACCAUAACAAUCGGUAAUACUUUAAUUACUGGACUUCAACCCAACACAACAACCACUAGAAGUGUCACUUUAGCAGGUACUGUAAACAAUGACGGUCGUUGUGAUGGAGUCCAAUAUUCGGACCCUUUUGAUUCAUACAAAAAUGUCGUUGUAUUGGGUGUUGUUCGAAUCUCAGUGAGAUCAGAUAUGGCUAGAGUAGAGGUAGAUAAUGGAAAAAUUUAUCUAUCCUCCGGUCAUGCUUAUAGGUUAAGAGACAAUAAAUGUAUCGAUCCAAUUGGAGGAUAUUCAUUCUGGGAAACAUUACCCUCAACAUCUCAUUGUGAAACAGGUUUAUUUUCUAUUCUUCAUAAAGGCCUGGUAAAUAAAAUAACCUCAAGAGAUGAUACUUUAUAUUCUGUCAAUGUAAAGGAAGUUAGCUUCACUUUUACGAAACAAGGUGUUGAUAACGCGUGCGGUUUAAAUCUAAUAAAGACGGAACAUCCGAAAAUUUUCAUCAUUGAAACAAGCAAUAUUGCAGAUUUUUCACGAAAUGUUGCGGUUUCAUUAAAUACCGACAAUAUGGAUUUACUUAUGUAUGUAAAUGCAAAAUUUGUUUAUGUAGAAAGAUAUAUUAGAUCUCAAGUACAUGGAUUGUACAGAGAUGUCUUGCGCCACCAAUGUAAUCUAGAACGAGAGAUUUUGAGAAAUAGCUUGGCAAUUGCAUCGACUAUGCCUGAUGAAUUUGCAUUUAGAUUUAUGAAAGGUCCAGGUUACAUGGCGGUGUUAGCUGGUGAAGUUAUUCACUUAGUUCAAUGUGUACCAGUAGAAUUAAAAGUAAGGAAAACAGAAGAAUGUUAUAAUCGUCUACCAGUACAACGAGGAAAUGAGAGCGUUUUCCUGACACCACGUACCCAUGUUGUUGUAACACAGGCGACACAAAUCCCUUGUAAUUCUCCAUUACUUCAGUUCUAUCGUCUUGCUGAUACUUGGUAUAAAUUGAUGCCACACGCAAUUGAAACGCUGCCACCAAUCCAAAUCAAACCCAACGUUAAGGUGACAUGGAAAUACCAAAAUCCUAGUCAUUUAGCAACCAGCGGGAUAUAUAGUGAAGAAGAUCUGGAGAAAAUGCGCGAUCGCAUUAUGUUCCCGAUGGAGAACACAGCAGUUCUCAACCAGAUCGCCCAAAAAGUCUCAAGUAAUGGGUCUCGUUACGCAUCACCAUCGAUGUUCAACAUUUUCGAUGAGAAUGCUUUGGAAAAACUGGCUGAAAGUACGUGGAAGAAGACAUGGGAUCCAGAGAGUUUUGUGCGAAACUUUGAAGAGUGCAGAGGUGUUCAUCAUACACAAAGCUUUCUCAAAGGGGAUAGAAUGCCGAAUUAG